ACUGAAAUGGCGUCGUUAUUUGAUGGUGCAGAACAGUUGUCGUGUGCGGUUGAUUUACUGGAAUAUAUCGUCGAAUUGGGCGGUGAUUCCAGCGAAUUGAGUGGCAAUUCGACUGGACUGAAUACGAGUUCGAGUGCACAGAAGAAUAAACGAGCCGCGUCGUCAUCAUCAUCAUCGACACCAAUAUUCAGUAAUUUAGUAUUCGAUCGAAGCAAGCAUUCCGUUCAAAAACUGAGACAUUAUCGUUUCACGUUGAUCGGAUGGAUUGCGAGAUUACUCUCUUCGCAACAACUUCUUGAUAAGGUACGUUUUUCGCUUUGCUUUCUUGUGUUUCAACUGUGGUUUGUAGAUAUUUUGUUUUGCGAGGAUUGA